AUGACGUUCGGGGCGGCAUGUUCCCCUGUAACCGCGCAGUUCGUAAAGAACCUUAACGCAGAACGCUUCAGGGAACAGUUCCCGGCUGCGGCUAGGGCAAUCGUACGCUGCACUUACGUAGACGACAUGUUGUGCAGUACUGAAACGGAAACAGAAGCCAUUGACCUUGCGAAAUCCGUCUGGUUCAUUCACGAUCAAGGUGGAUUUGAAAUCCGUAAUUGGAUGUCCAAUUCUCCGACUGUUCUUGCUGCAUUACGUGGGGACUCUGGAGUGGGAAAAAGCUUGGACCUUUCAUCAACCCUAGCUACUGAAAAGGUAUUGGGAAUGUGGUGGUGCACCCAGACUGAUUGCUUUGUCUACAAGAUCAACCUGGCCAGAUUAGGGGAGGACCUACUUUCUGGUGUUCGUCGGCCUACAAAGCGAGAGGUCUUACGUACUGUCAUGACCAUCUACGAUCCCCUGGGUCUAAUAGCCAACUACUUGAUGUACCUCAAGGUGUUACUUCAGGAAAUCUGGCGAUCAGGUACAGGCUGGGAUGACGAAAUCAAUACGCAGUGUUUUGAAAAAUGGCAGAUCUGGUUCAGACUUCUUCCCGAGCUUGAAAGUUUACAAAUCCCGCGUUGUUACAGGCUUCAGACGACGAUUGGAGCGCAAACGAAGAUCCAGCUGCAUAUAUUUGUCGACGCCAGUGAGAGCAGUAUGGCAGCCUUAGUGUACCUCCGUUUCGCAGAUAAAGGGAUAAUCGAGUGCUCGCUCGUCACAGCGAAGACCCGUGUAGCCCCGCUAAAGUACCUCACUAUUCCUAGGCUCGAACUGCAGGCAGCUCUCAUUGGUGCUCGGCUAGCACGCAACGUUCUCCAAGGAGUAGAUAUCAACAUAUCGCAAUGCAUCUUUUGGACGGAUUCGAGGAAUGCUCUAUCGUGGAUUCGCGCAGACCACCGACGUUACAACCAAUUUGUGGCAGCUAGAGUUAGCGAAAUCCUUGACCUUACGAACGUCUCCAAUUGGCGAUGGGUCCCAACGAAAUGGAACGUUGCCGACGAAGGCACUAAGUGGCAGCAUCGUCCUUUGUUUACACAUGAGAGCAGAUGGUGUAAAGGCCCUGAAUUUCUUUGGCAACUAGAAGAAGAGUGGCCUACCAUGCCGAGACCAUUGGAAGGGACAAUAGAGGAACUACGCGCCAACGUUCACGUGCACUACGACACUACGAGGCUGAAAUUUUCUACGGAACGGAUCCGUACAUGGGGAGCUUGA